AUGGUUGGCGCAGACAAUGACGUACUGAUGGAUGGCAUGGACUUGCCGCAGCCUCAUCCUCCUAUUUUCGGGUUGGCCGGUGCUGACACAAACGGGUUUGUGACCAAAUCGAAUGGCAACAGCAAUGGAAGCAGCAACGGUAACAACAACGGGAGCAACGGCCGAUCAGCCGCCGACGACGAGUAUGAGGAUGAUGACCUAAAUGAUGAGGAAGACGAUCCCAUGGGCUACCCCGUUGACUUUAAGCGGCGGGGCCUUCUGCCAACGGGUUGCUGCUACGAUGACCGCAUGAAACUGCACGCCAAUGCCGAUUUUGGUGCAGGUCCUCACCACCCGGAGGAUCCGGCACGUAUCUCAGAGAUCAUGGGUGCCUUCAAGCGUGCCGGUCUUGUCUUCAGCGGAUCUGAUGCUGACCUCAUCAAAACCAUCCGCAACUGCCCGACGAAAUACAUGUGGCGCAUUGCUGCGCGGGACGCGAUAGAAGAGGAGAUCCUGCUGGCACACCAUCCCCGCCACUUCCACUGGGUUAAGGAAUUGUCUGAAAAGCCCACGUAUGAGCUGCGCAUGAUUAGCAAAGUCAUGGAUGAGGGACGCGACUCCCUCUAUGUCGGCUCCAUGACGUACGAAGCAUCGUUGCUGUCGGCCGGUGGUGCCAUCGAAACGUGCAAGUCUGUUGUGCGUGGCGAUGUCAAAAACGCAUUUGCAAUCAUCCGACCUCCUGGCCAUCAUGCCGAGUAUGACCAGCCCAUGGGCUUCUGUUUGUUCAACAACGUGCCGAUCGCCACCCGUGUCUGCCAGAAAGAAUACCCCGACCUUUGUCGCAAAGUCCUCAUCCUGGACUGGGAUGUCCACCACGGAAAUGGCAUCCAGAACAUGUUCUACGACGAUCCAAAUGUCCUGUACAUCUCCUUACACGUCUAUUUAGAUGGCCAGUUUUAUCCGGGCGCACCCAGCGACCCUUCCACACCCGACGGUAACAUCGACAAAUGUGGUGCCGACGCAGGCCUGGGCCGCAACAUCAAUAUUGGCUGGGACCAGCAGGGAAUGGGUGACGGCGAGUACAUGGCAGCUUUCCAAAAGAUUGUGAUGCCUAUCGCCAACGAGUUCAACCCUGACCUUGUCAUUAUCUCGGCUGGUUUUGAUGCUGCUGCUGGAGACGAGCUGGGCGGCUGCUUUGUCACGCCGGAAUGCUACGCGCACAUGACGCACAUGCUGAUGUCUCUUGCAUCUGGAAAGGUUGCUGUCUGCCUUGAAGGUGGCUACAAUCUCGCGGCCAUCUCGGCAUCGGCCCUUGCGGUGGCCCGCACACUCAUGGGCGAGCCGCCACCGAAGUUCGAAAUCCCAAAGCUGCGCAAAGAUGCCGCUCGACUUCUUGCGCGUGUCCAGGCUCACCAGGCACCGUACUGGGAAUGUAUGCGACCGGGCGUCGUUGAUGUGCUCGAUCUACAGUCCCAGGGUGCGCUACGUCUACACGAUGUCAUCCGCUCUUUCCAGCGCCACAUGUUGUCGGUAAAGCAUGGCAUGUUCCCACUCUUUAUUCAGCGCAGCUCCAUCUACAAGUCUUUUGAAGACCAGGUUCUUGUCACGCGCAGUUUAAGCACUACGAAAAAGAUCAUCGUCAUAAUACACGAUCCGCCAGAACUCGUAGCACAGCCCGAUGUCUUGGACAACUCACUUGACUCCCACAACUCAUGGAUGAACGAUGGCGUUAUGCCGUACAUUGACUGGGCCAUUGAGCAAGGCUUCGGUGUCAUUGACAUCAACGUCCCACACUACAGUAACCAGCCGGAGGUGAGUUUUAACCGCUGCGACAAAAUCCACUAUAUCAGCAUGGAUACGGUCUACGCAGAAUGGCUAACAUCGAACCAGGACAACGAGUCUUUCAUCCCACGGAUAAAUGAGGAAGUCAUACAGUCUCAGAUCCAGGAGCUGGUUUGUUACAUCUGGGAUAACUACCUCCAAAUCUCCGAGACUGCCCAGCAGAUCUUCCUUCUUGGAGUAGGCAAUGCCUAUCUGGGCGUCAAAGUCCUCUUAGUCAACCGCGACUGCAAAUCUCGCAUUGACGGUGUCGUCAACUUUGUCAACGGCAGCCUUCGGGCUGUCAAGAGCGACGCGGACCCAGACCUGACUCAGUGGUACAAGACCCACUCACGCGUCUACGUUGGUGCUGAUCAUGCUUGCUGGCAGACCAGUGAGUUCACACGUAAGAUCAGCAAACGCCGCUUUGGUGAUGUUGUCCGCAGCCCGUUCAUGGGCCUCAACCGCAUGCUUAAGGAGCAUGCCGACGACGCUCACGAGUGGAUACUUGAGCGCCUGCCCGGAACCGAAGGCAACACUACCGAGGACGAGAGCUAG